CUAGCGCAGUGCAGUGCAGCAGGUUCUUUCGUCGAGUGACGCCACACGCACGAAGCGUCUUCCGGGUUUGGAACCGAGCGUCGCGUAAAUCGCCUUAAACAAUUACCGCAACCGUGGAUUAUCGGGUCGUGUGUCCUUGAAAACACGACCAUCGCGUGUGUUACUGAGUUGGACGCGGUCCGCGAUUUUCAGCUGUGUGAUAACCAAUGGCUACUUUUUAAAAAUAUUUUUAUCAUCGCACGUAUAUGUGCAUUAGAGAGAGAGAGAGAGAGAAAGUGAAUAGUGAAGCACAUCACAGAGUUGAAUUCAGUGGAUUUGUGUGCAAAGAAAUGUGAUUAGAAAUCAAACUGUUCAAACGUUGUUGUGCCUUACGAAGUGCGGCCUACGAAGACUGAAACAAGUGAGAGUAAAAUAAAAACUGGCGCCUCGUUUCGACGACAGAAAAAUCUUUUAUAACUGUAUUAUAAACCUUAAUGAGACGAUAAAAAGAUAUAGGGAGUGAUUCUAAACUAAAAUGACGGGAAUUAUGCAUAUCAUGAAGACACAGACACAUACGCAGACGAACUUGUUAAGUACGUCACUGUGAGACUGAACUGACAAUAAAACGUCCAAAAAAAAACAACAUUGGUGAUAAAAAAAACACUGCCGUAUCUACACACAUAAGUUUCCAAUUUGUACCGUAAUGUACGAUGAUCACCAUGAUGAGGCCGGCGAUCCGAAUGCACCGCGCUGUUCGAUGACGACGUUCCUCCGUCGGGUCGCUUUCACCGUGCUUCAUGCGUCCUUGUUCCUAGAGAAUAAAAAUCUCCAUGAAGAUGAACAGCAACAAAUUGUCAACAAGUACAACUCGCUCCCGAUCCAGCAGCAUCAGCAGCAGCAGCAGAAACAUCUUCCACAAUCCCGGCCGGCCUCCAGUCUGAGCCAUGUAAAUAAUGCUAGUAACAAUAACACUACCACCAGCAAUGGCAUCCAUCAUUACCAUAAUUACUCGAUGCACCAUCAGCAGCAGCAACAACAGCAGCAGCGUGGUGGCAACAGCAGUUACGGUUCUGCAGGAUCGAACGAAGCCGCUCUCCGUUUGAGUUACGUGACCGAGCGGGUACUGGCAUCGAUUCUGCCCGCCAGGAGGGCACGCAACGGAACUACCACCGGCAGUCCUGGAUUCGUGGAUGAGCAUGAGCGGGAGCUGAUCGAAAUGUUGGAGCAGAAGCACGAAAAGAACUACCGGAUAUUCGACCUGGAGUCGUGCAUAGCCAGCAUCAGCCUGGAGAAACUUUGCGAGCUGUGCAAACACAUCGACUCGUGGCUUGGCAGUGGCAAAGAGAAGAUCGUAGUGCUGCAGGACAGGGAAGACAAACAACGCCUGGGAGCCGCCAUCGCCGCCUAUUUGGAGUAUCAGAAAAUUUGCGGCUCCAACUUCCCGCAGUCCAGCCGCGGCAAGGCACUGCAAUCACCCGGGCCGGAUUCGACGGGUGGAAGGCGCACGCCAACGUGGCUAGAUCUGGACAUCUACUCCACCCAAAAAUUCCUGGAGUCAAUCGCCGGUCCGCUACGAGUUCCCUCACACCGGCGGUACAUCAAGUACUUUUCCGGGCUGCUGUCCGGCACGAUCAAGAUGAACUCGUCGUCCCUGUUUCUGCGCACCAUCAUCGUCGAGUCACCGCCCUGCCUGCACUAUCGGGCCGUCACGGUGAACAGCGAGUGGCGUAGUUUUAUCAAAAUCUACGAAGGCAUCCGGUGUCUGUUCACGUCGGACAUCUACGUGAUACCGAUCACCACCCGGCAGUUUAUCUACGAGAUCAAACAUCCGCUGCGGUUGCGGGGUGACGUCCUGAUCCGCUGCUACCAGAUCAUACCAAAUAACAACAAGCUGCACGACGAGAAGGAGCUGAUCUCCGCUGUGCAGUUUCACACCUGUGCCAUAACCCAGAGGGAAGUACAAUUCGCCAAGGCCGAGCUGGAUCUGGCUUGUGACGAUGAACGAUUUCCAGCCGAUCAUAAAGUUACACUGUGCUUCAAUACAACACCAAACGAAAGGAGUGCGAUUGUUGUCUUCCAGAAUCCGCUCGUUCGGAUAGAGCCGAUUAUCGACGGUGGCGAUCAAUUGGAGACCAUCAACGAGGACGAAUCGAGUCACACGCAGGGUCCGCUGGAUGGUUCCCUGUACGCGACGAUCCUCAAGAGUCCCAAAUCGCCAAUCGUCGCGAGCAACGGACCCGGUGGAAUCCCACAGACGCUGAUCUCGCCGCCGGCCGAGUUUAGUAACAACUCGAAAACGAUUCUAAACGGCGGUGGAAGUGCAGGAGUUAAUGGCCAAGUGGUGACACCACCGCCGCGGAACGCCGCAAAUCUUUACGACAUUUACGACAACAGUGCCAAACGCUACCAAAGCGACGGAACGAACGUCGUCGGUCGGGUCAGCUUCGGUUACCAGGGCAAGCCGGUCAGUGACAGUGCAAGUGGCAAUAGUGUUAAUCCUAAUGAUAGUAACGGUAACUACCGAGAUGUGAUAGAAAACGGUGGCAGUGCGUACGAUCAGAAUCAGAAUUUGGUGCAUCCGCGACAAUCACAGCCACAACCACAGCAGCAGCAGCAACAGCACCAAACCCAGGUCCGGAGUCAAGCGGACGGACGGGAAUCGGUCAGGAGUCCGCUGACAUUGUCUAUGGACUCGGGGAUCUCCAGCAGCGGACCCGUUAAUCGUCGCCUACAGGGCUCCAGCGUAUCGCCAUCCAGUUUUCCCAGUCAAGCUAGUCCGCAAGCAGAUGAUCGUCACCGAGAGCUGGACGAUCUGCUGUCCGAUAUGCUGAUGACGGUCCAAGGCAUUCCGGACGUUGGACGAAAAGCAGCACCAGCCGAGCAGCAUCACCAACAUCAACAUCAUCAUCAUCAUCACCUUCAUCACCAGCAACGCAUCAUCAGUGCCACCCACCACCAGCAACAAAAUCUGAGCGAUCAUUUCGUAAACACAAACAGCGAUACGAUCAAGCGUUCGCAUUCGGCCCAGCUGCCGGCACUCAGAGAGGAAGUUACCGCCGGUUCCGCCGAAGCAGCAGCCAACAAAGAGCGUGAGUUACUAAUGUACGAAACGAGCAGUACGACAACGACGCUAACGCCACCGCCUAGCGAAAGCGGCCGGGACACUCCGCUGUUGAGUAGCGCCUACUCGACGAUCCGCGAUAAGAGAGAACUCGGCGGCGAGUCGCACUGUCUCACACCGACCGAGCGGGAGCUCAUCAUGAACCUGCAACAACACCAACAUCAGUCUUUCGGAUAUCCCCGUCAGGCGCGGUCUACUACCGGAGCUUCGGAACGGUUCACUUCGGACGACGACGACGAUUAUCGACAGCAGCAGCAGAUUCCGUAUCACGCCCGGGAGGACUCACGACCCUUCACCUACGGAAACAUACCGCUCACGGGUACGCCCCAAAAUCCGCCCGCUUCCACGAUGCUGAAGAUGCAAUCGGGCCUUUCGAGUCCAUCGAUGGUGCGCAAAGCGCUCGGGGCCCCAACCACCACCGGUCGUAAAUCGGCGGGAGGCGGUGGCUCCGGUUCUGUUCUCGGUGGCGGCGGCGUUGGUCGUAAUUCGGAAUUCGAAGAAAUGCUUCGCGAACGGCGCGAAAAAGUGCUCAGUGAAAAGUACACGAUCGGUGACCAACAGCAGCGGGGCCUCGGGUUCGAUACGGUUGACAACGGCCGGUGGGCCAACAGUUAUCAGCACACGGUUAAAACGACAACCACGGCCGUAACAGGAGCGGACCAGAACGGCUACCAUCAUUAUCCGCACGAGCCGCUGAAACGAUCCAACACCAUGGACGGCAGCUUCGGGCGGCAAUUCUCCAAUGACGGAAUCUCCGGCCAGACUUGGCUUCAGCUUCAGCAGCAAAAACUGCGUGCCAGAAAGGAGCAACAGAAACGCGAACAUUCAAAUAGCUUUAGUUAUAGUUAUGGCAGCCCUGCAUUCCCCACCGCCGACACGCUGUACAACAGUCAAACCACGCACCGACGCAGCCAAACACUGUCACCGGUGCGCAACGAACGCAGCUAUCACACGCUGACCACAACACGGACGCACUCCAACGAGCGGCCUUUCGUCGCUGUCAAGCGAGCCCACGAGAAUGCCAAAAUGCAAUCGAUCGGUUCUGCACCGUUGUCCGUUUUGAAUGCCUCACCGCACGGUCAUGUUGCACAAAUUCAGCACCAACAACAACAGCAGCAAUUUACGGCUCCAUCACCCUCACCAUCCUUGGAUCACCAUCAACAGCAACAGCAGCAGCAGCAGCAGUACACUGUUAAUAGUAGUAAUAGUGUCACUAGUAGUAGCAGCCUAAUCACCAAUGGUCUGCCACAACAACAACAGCAACAGCAGCAGAAUGGCGGCAGCCCCAUCAGUCAGCUUCAGGUCCAGAACGGGCUUCUCUCGCUGGCUGAUCACGAACAUUCAACCCCGAAGCACGGACAAGUGAGAUUGCCUCAUCAUCAUUACCAUCAUCAGCAAAGGGAAAAUCCCCGAUUCAUCAUCAAUCAUGUUCACACGAAUCAUCACCACAAUCAUCAACUGCAGCAGAACGGUCACCGGCGAGAGUUUCCGGAACCGAUGGAAUUAUCGCCAGACGAAAGCAAUGGCGAUGUGCACCAAUUGCUGCGAAUAGGGGAAGAAGAUCCUCCUCCUCAACCGCCGCAAAAUGGCGGCCAGUUAGCACUCGAUAAAUUGCUCGCAUCAUUGGCCCUGGAAAACGAUGUUACCGAGCAGCAUCUUGCCAAAAUCGAUCAACAGCAGCAGCAGCAGCAGCAACAACAUCAGCGAAAACCAAGUCUACACUACAGCCAGGCCAUGGAACUGUCGGCCGUCAUUGCCAACCUCACCGAGUACAAUCUGAGCGAAGCUCAACGACUGAAUCUGUACAAUGGCAAUGAUCUGGUAUAUCCGGGAAAUGGCGAUGCGUUUCGAAUGCAUGCCGACAUCAACGUGAACGGUUACUUUCCGACGGCAGCUGGAAGACUGACCGGCGGUGGCCAACAGCUGAUGGAACCCGCGAGCUUACUAAUCGGUAACCAUCACGUGCGACGGAUAGCGUCCGAAAGUGACAGUACGAUUUCGUCCAUCUCGCCGAGCCUGUCGGAGCGAAGUAACGCUAUCUCGUGGUGCGAUCAGGCUAGAGAAGAAUCGUUCUCCUCCUAUCGCUCGGAAACGGAGCCGGACCAUUCGCCGAUCGGCGGAUCACCCCGACCGGAGACGCCCGCCUUCCCGGUUACUCCACGCACACCGUACGGCCUCAACAAUGGCACCUCUAGUCCAGCACUUCCACCCAAGAGUCCGACAUCACAACGAAAAUAUAACUCGACUUGGUCACUGAGAAGUCAGCGAUCGACCGUUUCAACGUAUGACGUGAGCAAGGACCUCUUCUCCGGCAAUCAGCGCUCCCAGGAGUUAAUCAACCAAAACGAAACGGUUUCAUGUUACACAUCACGCCGCAACUCGAUCACAUCGAACGCCAACAGUGAACCCCAGGAGGUCGCCCCGCAGUUCGUCAAGUUUGCUCGCGAUUCGUCCAAAUACUGGUACAAGCCGGCCAUCAGCCGGGAGGAAGCGAUCGCGAUGCUACGGAAUGCCCCGCCCGGUACCUUCGUGGUGCGCGAUUCGACCACGUUCGCUAACGCGUACGGUUUAGUGGUGAAGGUGGCUCAUCCCCCGCCGGGGGUGCAACCGAAGGGACCGAACAGUGACGAACUGGUGCGACACUUCCUGGUCGAACCGACGAUCCGCGGAGUCCGGCUGAAGGGUUGCUCCAAUGAACCGGUUUUCACCUCACUCGCGGCUUUGGUUUACCAGCACUCGAUCACCCCUCUGGCACUGCCCUGCCGUUUGAUCAUACCGGAUACGGACCUUCAGCAGACGGAAUUUCAAUCACCAGCCCAACAGCAGCUUCUUACCCAGGGUGCCGCCUGUAAUGUUCUGUACUUGUUUACCUGCGAUACAGAGUCACUGACAGGACCCCAAGCCAUCCGGAAAGCGGUGGGAUUACUGCUGUCGCUGCGGCCACUGCCUAAACCCACACAAGUGCACUUCAAAGUUUCGAUCCAAGGAAUCACUCUGACGGACAACACUCGGCAGCUAUUUUUCAGACGUCACUAUCCAUCUAACAACGUCUCGUUUUGUGGUCUGGAUCCAGACGAACAUCGAUGGAGCAUUCCAUCUACGACGGGAGAUAUCCCGUCAUCUAAACGCAUCUUCGCUUUCGUCGCUAAGCGGUCGCCAACGUCGGCCGACAAUCAGUGCCAUGUGUUCUGCGACCUGGAGGCCACCCAGCCGGCCACGGCCAUCGUUUCGUUCGCCAACAAGGUUGUCCUCGGCGGAACCAAUCAGCAGCAGCAACAGCUCAAGCAGGGGGCUGCAGUAACGCGAGCAAUAUAAUUUCAGAUCUUAAUCCUUCACGCGUGCCUGUGCAAAGGGCAGACAAUUCGAGUCACUUUAUUUUUCGUUGCUAAUAUAUAUUAAACGCCGCCAGUCCUGCGGAAUCCGGAUAGAACGGAUUAAAAAAAUAAAACAAAUUUAACAUUUGGUACUACUUAAAUUUAAAGUAAAUUAUACAUAAACAAAGCCUAACAGCUGCAUGAAAACAAACACAUACACACAAACAUGAAGAUGAUGAAAACAGAAAAAAAACCUAUAGAGAUUGAACACCACGUGUAGCCUUUAGAUUAGUCAUGUUAAACUUUUAUUUUAUUGUUUAAAAUCGGAAACCAACGCACGCAAAACUUCACUUAUUAAUUCGAGAGCAACUGUGUAUUAAUAUUUUUAUUUUGAAAAGCUUACAAUCUACCAUAUUGUGUACCGUUAACGUCAGUGUAAUUAUUUAGUAAUCGCAAGGGAAUUAUUAUUUAACAUAUGCAGAAGUAAUAUUUAUGAAAGAAAAAAAAACACGAAUAAAUUAGCGCAGCUAAUCUAAUUCCGAUCUGCAAAAGAAAAUCCAUCUAACUACAGCGACUAUUACUACUACUUCUACUACUAUUACUACUACUACUCACAUGAUACCUAAACUGUACUGAAAAGCACACACUAACCUUUUCUCAUCACCAGUUUGUAGAUAGUAACUUAUUCGCUAACCUUCACCUGCGUUCUAUUUUCCUCCUGCUUUCCAACCAACGAACGACGGCAGCACGUGCAGCACAAAAAUCACUUUCUUCUUUUUUGAGCAACAGCAAAAUCCUGUUCCGCAACUCACUGCUUUUGGUCCAACACUAUCCAGCUUCCGACACCAGUCGCACACACACAUCUGCGCUCUUCCCUGGCCGUUUUUCUUACCAUGAAAAUCGCCUUUGGUGAAGCUGCUAAUAAUCUUUCGAAAAGAGUGUUGGGAGAAUAUGAAAAGAAAAAAAAAACAAACCUUUUUCGCUUUGCCGACUGUUGUCAAAGAAGAAACAAGUGUGAACGAAAACCUAAUCGAUAAACUGCACACUGAACACGACACUACGAACGAAUCAAUAGGAUAACCUAUCAGUUCUUGCAAAAACAAACAAAAAAAAAACAAUAAGAGUAUUAAAGUUAGUGUUUUGUAGAUGGAAAAGAAAUAAACUCACACAAGAAAAAAAAACAAACAAACACUGUACUAACUUCCAAACAAAUUUGAGUGAAAAGAAAAAAAAAACAGAGUCAAUAAUGUGCCUAUUUAAAGUGUAAUAAAAUAAAGUAACAAAUCUAGCGUUCAACCAAUCGUUUUUUUGACGACGUUUGUAAGUUCAGCAACAGUUUUUUUCUUCUUAAAAUUUUAAUCGUUGUUUGUUAGCGAAUGAAACAGAAACUAAACUCUAUACCACAGCAACUAGUCUUGAACAAGCAAGUAGAAUUUGUGUUUUUGGUCAUCAGAGUAGGACGUUUUUUGUCAAGGAAAGACUUCCCGCGAUCAGUGUCUGUUUCGGAACAACAUGCUUUUUCCCGGAAAGUGUGCUGUCUACGUGUCCGGUUCCGGUUCCGAAGUCCCGAUCCCUAGAGCAAAAAUCAAUCAAUGUUUACAGUUGUUUUGUACAUACUGCUGAAAGGAAGAAAGCUACAAGAGAAUCAAACUGUUCAAACAAGUAAUAAAGGUAAUUUAUUAAACUUCUGUGGAUGA